GAUGAAGCUUUGUUCCCCAAAGAACUCGCACCAGUCCCACCUAACAGGGCGUCGCUGCUAGGAGCUGCACCCUGCCAUCACGGAAUCUCCCAAUUCUUUGGUCGGCUCGUGUUCUGUAAACGAGUUCAAGAUAGGAACGACCGUUUGUUCAUGGAGUACGAGCAAGAGGAUAUGAUAUUUAACACGACGGCAAGUACAAGUGAUCCACUCGAAUUUGAUAUGUCUCAACAACAACAAAUGCAUGAAAUUCGCGAAAGUAUUGCAAAUUCAAUAUGGGAUGAUUAUAAAUUUAUAAUGUAUGAGAUGUCGAAGUCCGACAUCUCUUCUCAUUAACAUAUUGUCACUUAUUGAACUUUCGGUGUUGGAGAACAUUUAUGUUAAUUUUGUGUGUUAUUUCUAA